GCGCCCCUCCAUGGAGAUCGCAACGCCCCUCCCAGUCACAGCCCUCGGCCGAUCCAGCCAACCCUCUCUGACGAGCUCUAUCAAAGCUUUACCAGAUCAGAUCCUCCAUCAGCCGUUUGGUGGUGUUUUCUUUUUCGGUGAAGACUGAAGGGGGAGGAGGUUUCGAGUUUUUUUCACGGUCCAUCGGAUAAAUCGAUGGCUCCGAUCAGUCUCUUGUUUGUUUCUUCCUGCUUUCACUAGUUAGGGUUUAUGAUUGCUCGUGUAUUCGUGGGCGGGAGGGCUCGUGCUUGAUGGUUCUUAGUUGAUUUUGACGGGAACCAGGUGCUGGAGACCUCGAGGCUAGUUGCGGUGUCUGCUUUUGGAAAGAAGAUGGAGACAGAUGCUGCAGUUACGAUGGAUUGGAAGGACCUUCCUGCGGAGCUGCUGCGGAGAAUCCUUUCGCUUGUAGACAGCAAUGGCGCCAUGCAGAUUGAGGUGGUAGCCUCAUGUGUUUGUACUGGUUGGAGAGAUGCCAUCGGACUUACGAAUCUCUCAUUAUCAUGGUGCAACAAAGACAUGAACAUUCUUGUGCAGUCACUUGUGCCCAAGUUCCCACAGCUUCAAGUUUUGACUCUUAGACAAAAUUAUGUUCCACAACUUGAGGACAAUGCUGUUGAGAUAGUUGCUAAAUACUGUCAUGAAUUGCAGGAACUAGACCUUAGCAAAAGCCUAAGGCUGACUGACAGAUCUUUGUAUGCACUAGGCAACGGCUGUCCUUACCUAACAAAACUAAAUAUUAGUGGAUGUUCUGCUUUCGGCCACUCUGCCCUUGCAUAUCUUGCUAGUUGCUGUGUAAAACUGAAAAAGAUGAAUCUCUGUGGAUGUGUUAGAGCUGCAACUGACACAGCUUUGCAGUCCAUAUCGCAUCAUUGCAGCCAAUUACAGUCUUUGAAUUUGGGUUGGUGUGAAAGUGUCACUGAUAAAGGAGUAACCAGUUUAGCAUCUGGAUGCCCUGAUCUAAGGGAUUUGGACUUGUGUGGCUGUGUGCUCAUUACAGACGAGAGCGUGAUUGCACUAGCGAAUUGUUGCCUGCACCUGAGAUCUCUGGACUUGUAUUACUGCCAGAACAUCACCGACAAAGCUAUGUAUUCUCUGGCAAAUAACAGCAGCAAGAGCCGACUUGGGUAUUGGCAAAGAAGCAGCAGCAGCAGCAAUGAAGAAGGGUUGAUGAACCUCAACAUCAGUCAGUGCACAGCCUUAACAGCUUCUGCAGUUCAAGCUGUUUGUGACUCAUUUCCAUCACUGCAUACCUGCCUUGAGAGGAAUUCGCUCAUCAUCAGUGGCUGUCUCGGCCUCACUUCUGUGCAUUGUGCCUGUGCUGUUCGUGCUAACCAUGCCGAGGCAACUGUGUUAGCUGAUCACCAUGCUCCUUACUGAACAGGUUGGAAUGUAAUUAGCUAGCCUUGGGUAACUUGUUUGUUUCUUGCACUGGGGGUGUAUGUUGGUACUUAGGAAUCUAUGUAUGUUUGAUGCUAUGUAGCUGUGUUAUCUGUUGCAACCAAAUGCACUUGAUAUCUAAAAUAAUUUCCAACCCAA